AUGUCGAUGCACCCUUUGUACGGCAUGUACCCUGAUGAAUAUCCGAGCGUUCUGGAUCUGUCCAGGUCCAGGCGUGGCGAUUCGGUCGAGACCAGGAAAACUCCAUCACCGGCAUAUUCAGCCACGUCGUCCAGAGAAGCUGGAUCUCCACAGACUUCACAAAGUUAUAUGAAAUAUAAUGGGAAUAUGGAUUUAGAUUUGCGAAGAAGCGAUAGUAUUAAGACAGAAGACUAUAUGGCUAAUAAUUAUAGAACUGAAAUUAGAGAAGAUAGUGUAUCGCCAUUCAUGUUGAAAGCUGCGGCAUAUCAGCAACCACAGAUUUUACUUACUCCAGCCCAACUAACGCCUUUGACAUCCCCGGAGCUGAGAAGUCCAGAGCCCGUAAGCUUCGACAACAAGUCCGUUCGCCCAUUCAAAGCAUAUCCUAGAGAUCCAUUAGCUUUAGCCGCUGGUUUCACAGCAACUGCAGACUCCACAAUAGAUAUGAAUUCUACUGAAAAAUAUUGCGCUUUUCGCGAAAGAAUGUUACAACAGAUCAGGGCAUCAAAUGGUGGUCGGGCCACAAUUUCGAAUCCUAAAAUGAGACGUUGCCCUACAGUCACAUCUAGUGCUGGUUCACCAAAUCCUAACGAACAAUCUGAUUCCACGAAGGAUUCAGCUUAUUAUGAACGCCGGAAAAAGAAUAACGCCGCCGCUAAAAAGUCGAGGGAUAGACGAAGAGUUAAAGAAGAUGAAAUAGCCAUUCGUGCUGCGUUUUUGGAACGCGAAAAUAUUGAAUUGAAAUUUGAAUUAGCUGCUAUUAGAAAACAAUUAGCCAUGUCGGCAUCGAAAGUGCAACAUGUUCAAUGCUGA